UGAGGGGACAUCAGCUCGCUCGUCGCUCCUCCACACGCUUCCAGCCACACAGCCAUGCUUGCUCGCUAACUUCGUGCGCUGAACCAUGAUAGAAAUGUUAUAACCAUAUUUGGGGGCGCAUGAUUACUAUAACUGCAUGAUCUGUCAUGACGUAAUAUUGUCUGACUAUACGUAGGGGUAUGAUAAUUUCUACGUGGUGUCCCAGUGUCCCUUGUGUCCCUGUGAUGUGUGUGGUGUUGAUGACAGCGGCCUAGGGGGGAGCUAGGGGGCCUGCACCUCCUGCUACCUUCCUUUACCCCCUGGGCUGGAGUUUGUCUCUUAACUACUGGUGUCGGUGUUGGUGUGUGUUUUAGGGAGGGGGUGGGAGACACCUGGACCCGUAACCGGUGUCCUGUGUUGUAGUGCUCGCCUCACCCUCAGGGCGUCUGUGCCUCAUGGAUUGCAUGGCAGAGGUGAUGCCAAGGGGCCGCUGCAAUACGUGGCCCCCACCCAGCCAGGAUGACCUCUCCCCCCAUCACUACUUUCCACCUACGCCCGUGGCACCCCAGCAUGCCCACCAAUACCCAGUGCUCGGCGAUGGUGCCGGCUGCUCCAUCACGCCGGCGUCCGUGGUGCCCCCCGCCAGUAGCACCAAGAAGGGCGGCAGCACCCGCAGAAACGCCUGGGGCGGCAAGAGCUACGCCGACCUCAUCACCUCGGCUAUCAAAUCGGCGCCCGACGGCCGCCUUACUUUGGCUCAGAUCUACGACUGGGUGGUGGCCAACAUUCCCUACUUCAAGGACAAGGGCGACUCCAACUCCUCCGCCGGCUGGAAGUUCCGUGUGCGUUGA